AUGACUAGUACCAGCACCAGCUCCGAUGACGAACCCGUCGAAAGCCUUGUGGAGGGACGAGCCCGGCGGAGCACCGCGGGCAAGAACAUGGGUGCGCUUCUUGAUGCAGAGGCCGACGACGAACUCGCCCUUCUGUUCGCGGAAGAUGAAGAUGAUGAAGAAUUCACAAGUGGCGAUGAAGGUGCUGCGGGGGAGGAAGGUGAAGUUGCUGUGGAUGAAGUGGAUGACAUGCAACUUGAUUCUUCAUCAGAUGACGAAGAUGACCAGGGCCCUAAUGCGCAGGAGGAUGAGCUAGAAGGAGAGAAGGAGCUCGAGAGACAGGCUAGAGCGGAGCGGCUGGCGAGGAAGCGGAAGGAGCAGGACAGUAUGAUGAAGAUUCCGGCGUUUCGGAAGAGGGUGAAGAUUGACUCGACCGCGACGAAGGAGGCCAGUGAGACUGGAGAGACGAGUGAGGCUGAUAGCAACGAUGGAGGAGGCCGCAAGGCGCAAGGAAAAAUUGAAACCGAAGGUGAUGACGCAGCAGGAGCGAUUGGUGGAGGCAGCAAAGACGGAGAGGCUGAAUAG